AUGAGAUUCAACUUGGUGUUUCCUCAAGAGCUCUCACUCGCUAUUCUUUUGUUCCCACCGCCAACAAACCCUUUUUCGUAUAGUUUCUCAAAAUCAAAAGCAUUCCUUUUUGUGGUGAAAGUUUCAUCUAAAGAAGAAGCUUCAAGGAAUCAGUGCUGUGCUGUUUUUGGGACCGAAAUUCGGCCAACUGCGGAAUGUGGAAGAACAAUGUACAUAAUUCGCCAAAGAAUAGACCUGUUACUCAUGAGAAUGCAGAAAAAACAUGAAGCUUCAGGAUUCAAAGGGCAAACAAGUUACAAAAAUGUCAAAAGGAAGCAACUGCUUGAUGAAGAUUAUGUGACAAAAAUUGCUGAUUUUGGUGUUGCUGAAAUAUCUCAGACGGGUUUUAGCUUUUUUGCUGGUACACAUGGUUAUAUUUCUCGAGGAAUGCUAAAGCCUGAUGAAGCAGCAGUGGCAAGUUAUAAUUUUGCUUGUUACUCUAAGCUAAACCACGUUCCAUAUGUCAAACAACUGGGGGCCGCGCGAACGCAGGCCCCCAUUGCAACAAAUUAUGAUGUAGGCUCCACCACUUGGGUAGACCUUAGGUUAGCACCCCUCUUAAGUGCAAUGGAGGUCACUCUCCUAGGCCAUGGUCCUUCAUGA